AGAUGGCAGACGGCAGGCGGCAAACCACAGACACCUCUCACCUAUAAAUUAUGAUAUAUUUUACGGGAUCGAUUGUAAGAAAAAAUGCGAUUGCAUUUGUUCGUAAACGCGUAUAGAUUUUUUCAAAGUCGUCAACGGACAAAAUUCGGCUCAAUGGCGAUCGUCGUAAUUCGUGAAAUUUGAAAUUACUGUAUCUAUAAAAUGUACAUUAUGCGCAUUAAUUUUGCGCGCCGGUGCCGACAAACGUAACCGGAAGGAGGAACCGUUGCGAAUGCGGGUCGCGGGAUAACGGACGUUUCUGCGUGAUUCUAACGAUAACGGGCAGUCACCUUGAUAAGCAUUUACGAUUGUACGAUAUUUUCUAAUUUCUUACACAACAUUAUUAAUUAUUUAUUAUUAUUAACGCGUUUAUAAUUUUAUUAAUUCAUUUUAUGACGUAUGUGUUACUAUUGUUAUUAGUUACUACUACUACUACUCAAAUUACUACUACUAGAAAGUACUCAUCAAGUACCAAUUUAUAUUGGAUCUGAAGGAUUAUUUGCAAUGAAUUCAACGUCAGAUCUACUUACCAAAAACCUAAAACCGUUACCAAUUCGCAAUCCAUUUGGUAGAGUGAAAAAAAAGGGUCUAGACAUUGACAGUGUAAUAAAUGAAAUUAAAUUUGAUCAAAAGUUAAUUAGUGUGUUUAACACUUACAACAAGUACAUCAAUUUUCGGUUUGACUAUGUCAUCAGAACAAGUAUCACUCAGUUACCUGAUGAACCCAAUCAUAAUGUUGACCAUUCCGAAUUUGAUCCAAGUCAACAUAUUAUACUAGAUUGUAUUAGUAGUAACAAUAGUUUAGAUAAUGUUACAAAACUCCGAGAAGAAUUAAAAACUUUAACAACAGAAGUAAAUUUAAAAAGAAAAGAAUUGAGUUUAAUUUCCAUACAGGAGGAUGGAUUAAAAAUAAAUAUUGAAUACUUAGAAGACAUUAUAUCACUUAAGAAAAAUUGCAUCAGUGAAACUGCCAGCAAAGCCGAAAUCAGAUGUAAUGCAAAAGAAAAAUUUCAAAAAGAAUACAAUAAAAUAAACAAAAAAUAUAAAAAAAUUUUAAGUCAGUUGAACAAGUCAAAUAAAAUGACAAAAACUAAUUAUGGUAAUGGAACUAGUAAAGAUAAGGAUUACGGGGAGCAAACCAAUAAUAGGUUAUUACGAUAUGAAGAUAAAAUUAAAGAAAUGGAUGAUAUUAUAAAAAUUGCCAGUGAUAAUCCAGAGAAAUUACUACAAGAUCAAAUAGCUUUACAAACUUCUAAUGAUCGCUUAAAAACAUUUUAUGACCAAUUAAAUAACCAAAUAAAAAAUAAACAAGAAGUUUCAUUAUUAUUAAUACAAAAUGAAAAGCGAAUUAAUCAAUUAAAAACUAAUUUAUCUAAUUUGGAGGUUUUAUCAAGCGUAGAAAAAAGUAGAGUACAUAUAUCAUCAAAUUUAAUUGAAAAUGAUAAUCUAAAAAAAGAAUUUUUGGAUUUGCAAAAUAUGAGAAAUGAAAUUUUAAGUUCACGUCCUAGAGGAAUGUUCAAUCCCAAAUAUCAAAAGGAAAAUAAUUUAUUUAAAGAAGAUAUUCGAAAAUAUUUAGAAAACAAUGAAGCAAUUGAUUCCAUAGAUUAUUUAAUUGAAUUAAAAAAUAAUAUGUGCAAUAAUGAUACAAAUUUAUUACAUUUUAUUCAUACGAAUUCAAAUGAAACAAAAAUGUUUUGGAAGUGUCUGUCAACUUUAAAUAUAGAUGAACUAAAGAAAUUGUUGGUACAUUAUUUUAUCAAAGUUGUUGAUUUAAAAGAAUCUGGACGAGAAAAUGAUGAAAUAAUAUCUAAGCUUGAUGCUAUAAAUGAUAGACUAAGGCAUAAUUGUGUGUCUUUAACUAAUGAUUAUCAAGAAUUUCAUUUGUCAACCGAAAAAAAAUUCAUGAUAUUAAAAAAAGAUUAUCAAGCAAAAGUUAAUAUGUUACUCCAACUAUUUCAAGAAGAUAAUAAUGCUAUUACUAUGUUUAAAAUGAGACAAGAAAUGGUAGGACUUAAAAAACAAAUAAUCGAAUUGGAGAAGUUACAAACAGUAAAACAUAAGGACACUUCAGUGGUGCCAGAACCUCAUAGCUGUUCAAAUCUUCUAGAGGCUUCGAAAUCAGAAUCUGAAACUAUGUCAUCUGCCAAACUAUUAUGUAUAGGUAGUCUUGAGGUUCAGCUUGUAUCUCAAUUUCAAUUCCUUUUCUGUCAGGGCCUAAAAUAUGGAUUGAUGUCCAAUGGUUUUAAACUGUCUUUGAGUGUGACUUAAGAAAUAAAUAUUUAUCAAUCGGAA